AUGCGACUGAUCCGAAGACUAUGGCUGGUACCGGCUCUCUUGCUGGCCUGUAUCUUCUACUAUCUGGUUGUGAAUUCUAGCGACACCGGCCCAUACCCUUCUGCAAAGCGUCCGUAUAGCAAUCUACACUGGACGAAGCGGCCCGAACGGUAUCCCGUCGCCAGAUUCCGCGAAUUCCCUACCGGCCCACUCGAGCGGAUCCCCCAGAUUCAGUUUGACUUUGUGUCGCGCGGCGAGUCAGACGAGGCGAAUAAGACGCGCGUUUCGAGGCAGGAAGCCGUCAAGGAAGCGUUCGUCCAUGCGUGGAAUGGAUACAAGAAAUAUGCCUGGGGACGGGAUGAAGUGGCGCCACUCAGCGGGCUCUAUCGGUCGAGUUUUGGAGGAUGGGGGGCUACCCUGGUCGAUACAAUGGACACGCUAUGGAUCAUGGACCUGAAGACCGAUUUUGAACAGUGUCUCGAGGCCGUCCGAGACAUUGAUUUCACCACCAAUGAGGAGGAAACCUUGAACGUGUUCGAGACGACCAUCCGAUACCUCGGCGGGCUGCUGGCCGCUUACGACCUCUCGAAUGGACAGCACAGCGUUCUUCUGGAAAAGGCGAGAGAAUUAGGCGAAAUCCUGUAUUCGGCCUUCGACACGCCCAACCAUAUGCCCAUGGCACGCUGGACGUGGAGAAAGAGUGCCGUGGGCGGGCAGAUCGAGCCAAGUACAAACACGCUGCUGGCCGAGCUGGGAAGUCUGACCGUCGAGUUUACAAGGCUAAGCCAGGUGACGGGGGAUCUGAAGUACUUUGACGCUGUCCAGAGAAUUGCGGAGGAGAUGGACCAUGUUCAGAACGCGACCACUAUUCCAGGUCUUUGGCCCACGAUUGUCGACGCCAAAGAACUGAAAUUCGAAUAUAACCACUUCACUUUCGGAGGCAUGGCCGACUCCACCUACGAAUACCUUCCCAAACAGUACAUGAUGCUCGGAGGUCGAGACCAGAAGUAUCGGCGUAUGUACGAAGCAGCAAUCGAAGCCGCCAAACAACAUCUAUUCUACAGGCCCAUGGUGCCGUCCGGCGAGGAUAUCCUCUUCAGCGGCAACGCCGCGUUGACCUCGACGAACACGGUGCCCGUACCGACCCUGGAACCGCAAGGCCAACAUUUGGCCUGCUUCGUCGGCGGAAUGGUGGGCAUGGGCGCAAAGAUCUUCAACCGGCCAGAGGAGCUCGGUAUCGCUCGUCGGCUGAUAGACGGAUGCGUCUGGGCCUACAACGCAAUGCCCUCUGGCUUGAUGCCUGAAACGUUCCACGUGGCACCGUGCCAUGUAGGAGUGGGCGAUCCUCCACCGAGAGAAUGCGAAUGGAGUGACGAUAAGUGGUACGAAGCCAUAUCCAAAAGACACUCCCCCACGGAGGAGACAAAGCAGAUGAGCGUCGUCGAGCGGGGACAGUACACCGCUAAGAAGCGCAUGAUCUUCCCGGGCUUCACCGACCACCGUGAUAAUCGCUACAUCCUGCGGCCCGAAGCCAUCGAGUCGGUCUUCAUCAUGUACCGCAUCACAGGGGACCCCAAGUACCAGGAUAUGGCGUGGAACAUGUUCCAGUCCAUCGACACGGCCACCAGGACGCCGAUCGCCCACGCCGCCGUCGACGAUGUUCGAUAUCCCGUCCCGGAAAAGAGCGAUCGCAUGGAGAGCUUCUGGCUCGCCGAGACUCUGAAGUACUUCUACCUCAUCUUCAGUGAUCCAUCCCUCGUCAAUCUGGACGAGUGGGUUCUCAAUACCGAGGCACAUCCCUUCAAAAGACCCACGACUUGA